AUGGUAGCUGCAAAAUCAGUAGAAGCCCCUAAUAUCGGAUUCGAUUUCUCCAACUAUGCAAGAAACCAGUUCUUCGGAGAGAGGUUACAAGGUAUACCGAAGGCGACCUCAACCGGUACUACCAUCGUAGGAGUUAUAUUCGGCGGAGGAGAUUCAGGUGAAGAAUAUGGUGUUUGUUUAGGUGCGGAUACUAGAGCUACCGGAGGUCCGAUAGUUGCGGACAAGAAUUGUGAAAAGAUCCACUACCUUACCCCUCAAAUCAGAUGUUGUGGUGCAGGUACUGCCGCAGAUACAGAAUUCGUCACAAACCUCAUAUCCUCCAAUCUCGAACUUCACGCUCUUUCGCAAGGUAGACCAGCACGAGUAGUAACAGCCAUGACUAUGCUUAAACAAUACUUAUUCCGAUAUCAAGGUCAAGUAGGAGCCCAUUUAGUUCUUGGAGGAGUUGAUGUUACCGGACCACAAUUAUUUACAGUACACGCGCAUGGUUCAACAGAUAAAUUGCCUUAUGUAACUAUGGGUUCAGGUAGUUUAGCAGCUAUGGCAGUAUUUGAAUCUUCCUUUAGGGAGAACAUGAAGCGGGAAGAAGCUAUUGCUUUAGUCGCUAGAGCCAUCAGAUCAGGUAUCUUUAACGAUCUCGGUUCAGGUUCAAAUGUAGAUGUUGCUGUGAUCACGAAGAAUGGUACUGAGAACAUGAGGAAUUACGAGAUGCCUAACGAACGAGGUAUCAAAUCACGAAACUAUAAAUUCAGAAGAGGUACCACAGCUUGGACUAAAGAAGCAGUGCGUUCUCUUAUCGUUUCAGAAGAAAUCAAAUCCACUACUGGUGCAGGUAAAGAUCAAGGUGGUGUUGAAGUUGUACCGGUGCCUACGGGUGCGGGAGCAGGAGGUGAAGAAGGUAUGGAGAUUGAUACUUAG